AUGGAUGGGAGGACGGCGGCAGAUUUACGACGUUCGAAACGCACUAUCACGACAUUUCUGGGUGUGGAAGGUAUCAUUCUUUUGCCGACAACAUCCAAAGGGCCAGGCAGCAGCCAGCAUCGAGGAAAACGGAGUACCCACGAUUCCGUCAAGCGCGCCGUGAUCGAGGCCAGAGAUCAGGAUUGGCACGGCAAAUUGCACAUCAGCAACAUCCGAGAGAAGAUUGAUCGAGCAAGCCUACUCAGAGGCUCUGUCAGGACUCCAGAACAAGAAAAGGCGGCUGGUCUUUCCGAUGAGAAACUGACCAGUAUUGCGGGCGAGACCCUCGAGCGGUCAGCUAAGAGAAAGCAGUUGCAGGAAUUACGGCAGGACUUGGAGUUGGGCCUCAGUGGCUGUGUGAAGACUGAAUCAGAAUUGCGCGACUUGCUCUGA